AUGUGGCACAUCGGAGAAUUAUCAGACGGUGUCAUCACGGUAGGGAUGCGCUUGACGCGUAUAUACAAAGAAGAGACCGACUUCAAGCUGACGCGGGAGCCCCAUGAGUAUAUCAUGGCUCCUUAUGCUAAUAUUCAUGCUCAUGGAAACUCGAAGCCCGCCCGUACGCAAGGCAGAAGUCUACAUCGGUACCAAACCAGUGAGACAUCUGUCGAGACGAAACCGAGUCCAGAAUCAGCAACCGGAGACGGACUCUUCCCCUGCAAAAUCACAACAAGCAAUCUACUCAACCCCAGGCCCCCCCAGCGUAAGCUCCGCUGCCCUGGAGUCAAGUGUGCUUCAAAAGCGAUAAGCGUCCAUCAUGUGCGCAUAAACAAGCGCAGAGGUCGAUGGCGUUGCUUGGUCGUGAGGGACUUGGAGAGAGGGGACAGGUUUGCGAAGUUUUGCGGGAGGGGUUCUGCAUGA